AUGACUAAAAUAGACAUGAUGUUGAAAGUGUUAUGCGCUAAUCAUGUGGUGGUGGUGGGGAUGGUGGUUGUGGAGGUGGAGGUGGAGGUGGAGGUAGUGGUUGUGGUGGUGGAGGUUGAGGAGGAGGUGGUGGUGGUGGUGGUGGCGGCAGUGGCUGUCGAUAGUGGUGGUGGAGGUGGUGGAGUUGGAUGA